AUGAACAGCAUUCUCGUGUUUGUCGUCCUACUCGAUUUCGCACUUUGCGAAGAACCUACUCCUCAGCCUCCUCAGGCUCUCCCCGAAAUAAAAAAGCCGGGAGAGGCAGGAAGACCAUUCAAAGGAAUGGUGCCACCAAGACGAAGAUUUUUUGACAAAAAAUUUGACAAUCUCAGCGAGGAAGAAAAGGCGGAACUCGAGAAGAAAAGAGAGGAAAUAAAAAAGGAAGUGCGGGAAAAAAUGGUCAAGCUCAUCCAAGAUUUGAACGGCGCUUUGGAUAAGCAGUCUGCAAUCCUGGACGACAAGGCACUGAGCCGCAAGGAAAAACUUGAAGCGCUCCGCAAGCUGAAAGAGGAGAAUCCAAAGGUUUACAACGUUCUGAAGGCCAUCUUCCAGCAAUUUGUUCCAAAACCAAAAUUCGGAAGACGAAAUGGUUCUAAAAGGAUGAUGGGAUCUUUCGGUUUCCGUCGAGACAGGAAACCCAGUCGUGGAUGGCAAAAGGGACAAAAAGAGAGAACACACUUGGAGAUCAAGACCGCGGAUGUUCAACCGCAGAUCUUGCCAAAACCUGUGAAGCCUGUGGAAGCAAAUGCAGCAUUCGUUAAAGCUUAA